CGUCAGAAGGAGAGCUCCUUGAAUAAUCGUCAUCCUCGAGCAUCAAGUGGACACCUCUAGCCACGGCACUGCGUAUUCUAUUCACUUCAACGAGGACGAAGAGCUCUUGAAUAAUUUUGAGACAGGGAAAAAACUUGUCAUAGACUCUGCUGUCGUAUUUCUCAGUAAAUACCGGGUCAAACGCAGAGCCUACAGUAAAGAGAAAGGGAAAAACGUCACACUGGAGAAACAUCAAAGAAUAGUGUAAAGCCACCUCUCAGACAGUCAGACUGCGAACACAAUGGGAAGGAAAAAAAUACAAAUCUCUCGUAUCCUGGACCAGCGGAAUCGACAGGUGACGUUCACCAAGCGUAAGUUUGGCCUGAUGAAGAAGGCAUAUGAGCUGAGUGUGCUGUGUGACUGUGAGAUCGCCCUCAUCAUCUUCAACAGCACCAACCGUCUGUUCCAGUACGCCAGCACUGACAUGGACAAGGUCCUGCUCAAGUACACUGAGUACAGCGAGCCUCAUGAGAGCAGGACCAACACAGACAUAAUGGAGACUCUGCGGAGGAAAGGCCUGGGUCUGGACGGGACAGAGCUGCUGGACACUGAGGAGCCCAUGCAGGUGGCAGCAGAGAAGUACAGUUCACUCAGCGAGGGCAUGGACCUCACUUUGACCCGCCAGCGCUACUAUGCCCCCUCUCUGCUCUCACCAGAGGCCCAGUUCCUGGUGUCUGGUGGCUGUGAGAAUGGAUACCCCAACUCGUCCAAUCCCAGCCUGAGCUCCAACAGACCCCCGGCCUUCAAGCCCCUGGGCCCCAGACCAGGCUCAGCCAGCCCUGCAGGGCCCCACAGCCACGCUGCCUUCGUGUCUCCACACUCAGGUAUUGGCUACUCCAUGUUCUCCCAUAGCAACCGGAGCCGGGCCUUGGAGAUGAAGACUCCUCCCCCUUUGAACCUGGGCAAUGACAACCGGCGGGCAGAGAGCAACCCUAGCAUGGGUGGCAUUCGCGCCAACCUCAACAGUGCUAGAGGCAUACUGUACCAUGGCAUGCACCCAGUGAACCACAUGCUGGCCAUGGGGAAGGCAGGUCUGCUGGGCCACAGUCUUGGGGACUACGGCCUCUCCUCUGCUGGACCAUCUGACUACAGCCACCCAGCUUUCUCCCAUGCUGUGAGUCUACAGCGUGGGACAGUGAACCCCUGGCAGACAGCACAACAGCAGGAGCAGCAUGUACCCCACCUCAGCCCAGCGAUAUCCAGCCGAGGGUGCUCUUUCCCCUCUCAGGCCUCCACCCCCACCCCUCCUCCUCACUCCUCCCUCAAUCUCAGCAUCAAAUCAGAGCGAGCCUCCCCGGAGCACAUCUGCUCCCCGACCUCUCCGCCCCUGCACCAUCUGAGGCAGCACUCUCCAGUGAGCACCCCCGAUUCUGCUUGCCACACCCUCCAGGAGCCCUACCCAGCCAAUGAGAGAGAGGAGUUCCCCAAAGGAGGUUUUCCCUACCCGGCUGAGCAAGGGGCAGAGGAGAAAGGGGGGCUGCCCCUGAGGCAAUUAGAAAUCAGCGAUGGGUGGCAGAGAUAGCUGGCAGCGACUACCACCCACCACCCACCCUCCUUCAAGCCAGCCACAUGGUUUCCCACACACAGAGAGAGGAGGAUGGGGAGAUGAGGUUCAUUCGUUCACAUCAUCCCAGAGGAAAGAAAGCCCCCCCUUAGAGCUGGGCUGGACCCUCCCUUGUGGGUGAUGAACAUGUGGCACUGCCUCUCUGAUUCUGAUACAGUGAGGAUAUAUAGUCUGGGUGUGUUGUUGUUGGGUUUUGUUGGUUUGUCUGUGUGUUGGGGUCAGAGGGGUGUCAAAUGACACAUCAGUGUGGUUCUCUCAUCCUGUUUGAGCUACAGAGCAGAGGGUGAGGGAGUAUCAGACAUUUAGCCAUGUUCUUAGAGCACAGUGUUUCAGAGUAAUACUUUACAUUCAGGUCCCCAGUUACUGUACAUAUAUAACUUUAAUGCUUUAGCCUUUAGCCCAAAAUCAAUGAAGUGGUCAGCUCAGAGGAGACCGAUUAGGGAGCACCAAGGUUCUACUCAUCUAUCAUAGUGGCACGGCCUCUGUGAUAGUGAGUGGGAAGUUGGUCUGGAUAGGAAUUGAUUAAAGAAAAACAAAAAUGCAAUCUGCACUUAUGGAUUUUUGUAUUUAAAAUCUGUGCAUCAAUAAGUCUCUCAGGGAUUUGGAUAAUUGGUUCCAUUAUACAGGUUUAGUGUUGCUUUUUAAGGCUAGAAUAUUACUUAUCAAAGCUGUUUGUUUUUACACUAUAUACUGCAUAGUUCAAUUCUUUCUUUUUGAACACUGGCCUUAGUAAUGCAAAAUUAUGACACAUUUAAGACCAAAGGGAAUGUAACAUGUGCUUUAUUUCUUAUAAAUGGAUAUUGUGUUCAAUUUAAUUAUUUGUAAAGCAAUAUCCUAAACAAGCCAACGUUUAGCAUAUAAUGGCGUGUAAGAAUCACCCAUUACUAGUAAUCAUCAUAUAUCUUCAAUCUAUUCCUGCUUGUGACGCUCAAGGUCCAUAUUCAGUAUAACCAUUUUAUAAAGUUGAGCUUUACUACUUUCAACACUGUAUUUUGUUUAAAUCAAUUCAAAAGUGAUUUAUUAAUUCCUGAAAAGGAAACAAUUUGAUUAAUUGUCAGUGGGGCAAUGGGAAUAAGGUAUGUUGAGAAUCAGACACCUAUCAAAUAAACUGCAUAAAUUCACUUUUGUCAAUGGAAAAAAAAUACAUUGUUAAGACACAUUUUAUUGCUCGUGUGAGUUUGUGUUUUUUAUUAUUCUGUUUAAAAAAAAAAGAUUUUUGUGUUUUAUGCAGAGGAUUGGUGGUGUGUUAUUGUUUCAUUAUCAAUUUUGUGUUUAAAAAGUCUGAAAAAAGUUAAUGUAAAAUGAUCUUGUAUCCAUUUUGGUUCUUCUUGUGGGUUUGUGUGUAGAUUGAAGUGAACUCCUUUGUCCACAAGAGGUCAACAUAUUUCACACUAUCACUCUGAAGGCAAGACAAUGCAGAAAGAAUCAGCCAUUAGCCCUACUAAUGGUAAUUCAUUAUCUGAUUUUCCAUGGCAAAAGUGACAAGUUAAAGCAGUGCACUGUGAUGGUAUUCAUAUAAAACUGCAUAAUUAGUGUAUUGAAGACAUACACAUAGAGGGUAUAUGGGCAGGUUCUGAUUGACAAUAUGGAAUUAUUGCCUGGAUAAAUAUUUAUGUGUGCAUAUUGACACAAACUAUUUCAACUAUGGAUAAAUGUAGAAAGUGAAAAACAGUAACUUCAUAGUUACCAACAGUAUUCUCGCAGACAUUCACAUGAAAGCUCUUUUGACAUAUUUUCGAAUAUAAGCGCUUGUCAGUAAAUACCACACAGGUUAUUCCAGCACAUCAAUAUACACUGGGCAAAAACUGGUUGAAUCAACGUUGUUUCCAUAUCAUUUCAAAAAAACAAAACAAUGUGAUGACGUUGAAUCAAUGUGGAAAACUGAUUGGAUUUGCAAAAAGUCAUCAACAUAAGGGAAUUUCGUCUUUAUUUCACCCAACUUUUAACCUAAAUCCAAUGACAUGGUGACAUUUUUUGUUGAUUUCACAUUGAAUUUACGUUAGUUGACAACUCAACCAAAUGUAAAUCAAAACUACACGUUGAAAUGAUGUAUGUGCCCAGUGGGUAGUGUCAGCGCUGGCAGUAUUUAUCAAAACAACCCAUGGCUUUAUACUUAUUUUAAUGAUGUGGCUGCCUUUCAAUAAGCAUGAUUUGAUUUGUAAGUUAUUUUGACCUUCUGAGUGCUGUACAUCUAAUUGACUGUAAUUUCAAAAAAUUGUGAUUCAUAAGUCACAGCAUUUCCUUUUAUGUAUAUUUAUCUGAAGACAGAUAAAAUGCUAUCUGCUAUGUGUA